CUGUUUUCCGUUUUCCAUCUCCCAUAUCAUUUCCAUCUCCAUCCUACAAGGAAGGGUAAUCUUCCUCACUUUUUAUAUCCACUUCUCCAUCCGCUAUAAAUCCCCCAUAGUGGCAAUAUCAUCAACUUCAAUCUUCAAUCUCCAAUCUCCAAUCUCCAAUCUUCACUUAUCCAUCACCAUCAACUCCUUCUUCACAAACCAACUGCCCUUGUGCUCUUCUGCUCUUUUCUAAUUACUUCCUCCUUACAACAACUCAAUUCCUCCUCUUGCAAUUACCAUGUCCUCUAAUCCCAAUCCUAAUCCCAAUACCAGUCAACUACCCAAGUCUUUCAGCUUUAAUGCCGGUAAAGUGGACUAUGAUGAAGAAACAAACAAAUGCAAUCCCAAUCCUUUAAAGGGUAAAAUAUUGAUAUCUUCCUCAGAAGAGAGUCCUGAUUGGUAUUCCUUCAAAUGGGUCCCAAGAGAUGCACCAAACACUUCUAAUUCCAAUGCCAAUGUCAAUACUAAUACUAAUACUAAUACUAAUACUAAUACUAAUACUGAUACUAAUACUAAUACCAACACCAACACCAACACUGACACCAACACUAACACUAACACUAAUAACGAAAACUCAGAUGAUAAUGAUAAUGAUAAUGAAGACGAUGACGCUUUACUAUUAAUUCCAGGCGACACUGUAUGGAAACACGUCAAAUCCUGUAAAACAGGCAGAGUCUACUCCUUAUCCUACAAAAGUUCCGGCCUGAAAUACUUGUUCUGGAUGCAAUAUCCAAACAAUAAUAAAGAUGAUGAUCCAUCCGAAUUGUGUGAUUUAGACCUAGACUUUUCAAAAAAGAUUGCCGAACUUGUAAAAGAAGAAAGUGACAAUGAAGAUGACGAGGACGAGGACGACGAUGAUGAUGAAGACGACGAAAUCGAAGAAGAUAAUGAUGAUUCAAAAGAUUCAAAAGAUUCAAAAGAUUCAAAAGAUCUAAAUGACGAAAAUGAUGAAAAAGACGUAGAAAUCAAAGACGUCAGUGUUUCAGAUAAAAACAACAUUUCAUCUGAAUCUUCUUUCCCUUCUUCUACAACCGACAACACUUCAAACCAAUCAAAUUCAAAUUCAAAUUUAAAUUCAAAUUCAAAUUCAAAUUCAAAUUCAAAUCAAUCAAACUCAAAUCAAUCCAACUCAAACUCAUAAUACAAAAUGAAAAUGAAAAUGAUUAAUUAAAUUCCCUCUAAGUAGAAAAUUUUACAUAUAUAAUUAUAAUAUUAUAAGCUCC